AUGGGUCUUUUCCACCACUCCAAGAAGGACAGUACAGAAGAGAAUGUUACCGUUCAAGAAAUAAAAGGCGAUGACCUCUCUACCACUACCACAACCAGCAGCAGCCUUCCCACAGUCGUGAAAAUCUACACAAUCCACGACAACAAGUCCUGUGGCCGAAAAGAACACAUCCAAGACAUCUGGGACUCCAACGGCCAACCGGCCUUCAUAGCCCGCUACAAACGACCCAUGAUGCACCCCAACGAAAUCAACCUCCACCACUCCUCCACAAACUCCUCCAGCGAAGAAGUCCUCGCCACAUGCCGUCUGCACAACUGGUCCGAGAACUUCUUCUACCAUCUCGGUCCCAAUCCGGACUUGACGGAAAAGAACCUCUGGCCUCGCGUGCAGGGCUCGUGUCUUACGAUGAAAGCGUGGAAAUUCACCACCCCUCUCUCCCCCAACAACGGUCAGCAGCGCAGUCUAGAAUGGCGACGCACACACGACAAAUCCAUCGGAGCCACACGGUGGGGACAGCGAGAUCAUAAGCUCGUGGAUGUUGAGACGGGGGAGGUGCUGGGGGUGUUUGUUUAUAUGUGUAAGGCUUUUGGGAGGAGUGAGGCGUGGGGACGUGUGGAAUUCUUCUAUGAGGUGGAGGAGGGGACGGAGGUGCAGGCGUUGAUUGUGUUGUUGGGGGCGCAGGAGGCGAUUCGGCGGAGUGAGAUGGCUGCUGCGAAUGGGGCUGGGAGUUGA